GACGCGCUGCGCGUAAACAGCGCGGUGCCCGGUGGGAGGGGAGGCGUUGGGUGCAGGAAGAGGGCGCCGCCAUCUUAGGCGUUCGGCGCGUCGCGGCGGCGGGAUGGCGGCGGACAGCCGGGAGGAGAAAGAUGGUGAACUGAAUGUCCUGGAUGACAUUUUGACUGAUGCUCCUGACCAAGAUGAUGAGUUAUAUAACCCCGAUAGUGAGCAAGAUAAAAGCGAAAAAAAGGGAUCAAAAAGAAAAAGUGACAGGCUGGAAAAUGCUGAAAGCAAGAGACAAAAACCUUCUCUGCAUUCAUCAAGGCAGAUGAUGCCAAAGCCUCCUAGUUCAUCAGUUAGCAAUAACAAGAGAAUAGUGAGUACGAAAGGAAAGCCAAUAUCAGAAUACAAGAAUGAGGAGUAUCAGAGGUCUGACAGAAACAAGCGCCCAGAUGGUGAUCGAAAGACGCGCAUGUCAAGCAGUUCCAGGGAUCCUUAUAAAGGACAGCCAGAAAAGACUUGCAUGAGGAAGAGGGAUCUUGACAGAAGGGCAAAGUCUUCCACACCAGAUGGUUCAGAGAGAAUCAGACAUGAUGUGGAUAGAAGACCAAGCAGAUCCAGCCAUUCUUCUAAAGAAGAGGUGAACUCUGAGGAAUAUUGUUCAGAUCAUGAGACUGGCAGUAGUGGCUCCUCUGAACAAGGCAAUACAGAAAAUGAGGGAAUGGAAGAAGAGGAAGAUGAUGAAGGGGAGGAGGAUGAAGAGGUGGAGGAAGAUGGGGAAGAGGAUGAAGAAGAGUAUGAACAGGAUGAGAGAGAUCAGAAGGAAGGAAAUGACUAUGACACACGGAGUGAAGCCAGUGAUUCUGAUUCUGAAUCUGCCUCGUUCACAGAUGGAUCAGUCAGAUCUGCGUCUGGUUCAGAUGCGUCAGAUGAGAAAAAGAAGGAAAGGAAGAGAGCUAGAGGUAUCUCUCCAAUUGUUUUUGAUAGAAGUGGAAGUUCUGCAUCAGAAUCCUAUGCAGACCAAACAAGUAAACUUAAAUACAUUCUCCAGGAUGCAAGAUUCUUUCUCAUCAAGAGUAAUAACCAUGAAAACGUAUCGCUUGCUAAAGCAAAGGGAGUAUGGUCAACACUUCCAGUGAAUGAAAAGAAGCUUAAUGCUGCAUUUAGAUCAGCGAGGAGUGUUAUUUUGAUAUUUUCUGUAAGAGAGAGUGGCAAAUUCCAAGGAUUUGCAAGACUUUCUUCAGAAUCCCAUCAUGGAGGAUCACCUAUACACUGGGUGCUGCCUGCAGGAAUGAACGCAAAAAUGUUGGGAGGUGUCUUUAAAAUUGACUGGAUUUGUAGGCGUGAAUUGCCGUUCACUAAGUCUGCUCACCUGACCAAUCCUUGGAACGAACAUAAGCCAGUAAAGAUUGGACGCGAUGGACAGGAGAUUGAGCCGGAAUGUGGAACCCAGCUUUGUCUUCUGUUCCCUCCUGAUGAAAGUAUUGACUUGUAUCAAGUCAUUCAUAAAAUGAGGCACAAGAGAAGAAUGCACUCACAGCCCCGAUCAAGAGGACGCCCAUCCCGUCGUGACCCCGUUCGGGACGUGGGAAGGCGUCGACCAGAAGAUUAUGAUAUUCAUAACAGCAGAAAGAAACCAAGGAUUGACUAUCCCCCUGAGUUUCACCAAAGACCAGGGUAUAUAAAGGAUCCCAGGUAUCCUGAAGUAGACAGACGAUUUUCAGGAGUUCGACGGGAUGUGUUUUUAAAUGGGUCCUACAAUGAUUACGUGAGGGAAUUCCACAACAUGGGACCACCACCACCGUGGCAAGGAAUGCCACCGUAUCCAGGCAUGGAGCAGCCACCACACCACCCUUACUAUCAGCACCAUGCACCACCACCUCAAGCUCACCCUCCAUACUCAGGACAUCAUCCUGUACCACAUGAAGCAAGAUACAGAGACAAACGAGUAUAGAAUCAUGGAUCUAUCAUGUUGCCCUGAGGAUGAGUGAAACUUUGUGGAUGCUUGACAUAUACCUGUAUAUCUAUAAAUAUAUAUACUUAUACUGGGCUUUCUGAAGAGUUACAGCUAAUCCUGUGGAUAAGGGCAGAGAGGGGAUUUUCAUCUGGAAAAGAAAAUGAACACCUGUCCUUUCAUCACAGCACGACUAUGACAUGAGAGUGGACGACUUUCUUCGCCGCACACAAGCAGUUGUCAGCGGUCGGAGAAGCAGGCCUCGGGAGAGGGACCGAGAGCGGGAACGGGACCGUCCUAGAGAUAACAGAAGAGACAGAGAACGGGACAGAGGCCGUGAUCGGGAAAGGGAGAGAGAGAGGAUUUGUGACCGGGACAGAGACAGAGGUGAAAGAGGUAGAUACCGAAGAUAAUCUAUCUGGAACCAGUGCUCACUUGAAACAAAAAAGCUUGUAUUUUUUUGUGUGUUUACAAGUAGUAUAUUUUAUUUCCAGCUGUCUACUUAAAGUUCGUUGUGUAGAAGGAUUUAUAAUGACCCUCUUUAUUCCAAGCAUGCAGUGAACUAUGAACUGGAAAAACUCAGAUCAGCCAAACAUAGAAUACGCAAAGCUGACACAACUUGACAUUUCUAUUGGAGCAGAAUGGGAAACAGUUAAGAAUGUAGAUAUGGGUUAAUUCUCAAUAAGUGUUCAUUUACUUAGUGACUUCAUUCUAGGUUUUUGAAUACUGAUGGAAAACUGCCAUAUUUUUUUUGCUUUGAUGUUUCCUUCCUGUAGUUUCACAUGGUUCAGUGGGAGAAUGCUGCUAUCAAGUAUGCAAAUAUUGAAGUAUGAUUUUUUGACUGUAUGGCAGUGUUGUAGCAGCCUAUUUUUUUCUUCUGGUUUUUAACUCUGUCUGUAAAGUCAAGUGUUUUUUCAGUCUUCAGUAAUGAAAGCAAUAUUAAGAAGACACUAUUGAUACCUAAUUUUUAACCUUUUUUAAAAGAUCUUCCCAUGUUCAGUAACAUUUGGUCAAUUCUUGUGUCUAGUCUCCUUCCAAAAUGUAUACAUUGCUUGGAAUGUUCACAACCUGCGUGUGUGGAACCAGAAAAUAUUGCUGUAUUCUACAUUGCUACCAUUUUUUAUAUAAAAAUAAAUUGGUAACUA